AUGGAUCGAGCAAGAUUCAGGAUGUGGACAGGCACAGAACAGAGCAACAGGCCUCGCCUCAUCGUUCAGAUCCCGGACGGCCUUGUCGUCGGGUCUUCCAUCAAGGAGCCAUGGAAGGAAGAAGCUUAUUCAUGGCCUCCGAGAUCUUACUCAUGUAACUUCUGCAGGCGAGAAUUCCGAUCAGCCCAAGCCCUCGGUGGGCACAUGAACGUGCACCGGCGGGAUCGAGCCAGACUCAAGCAGUUGUACACCGGGCUUGGUGGAGAAGCCAUGGAAGAAGACGAACAUCACCCGAAUCCUUCUACUGUGACGAGUGCCGGUUGUCAUCAACCUCAGGUUAACCCUAGUUCUGCUACUGUUCUACCAUCAAUUCUCUCUCAUAGGGUUUCUGCUCCAUCUACCCACGAGCUCUGGACUGAGACCAACUUCUUCUCACCUUCCUUCUCUUCAUCCAUCGCUGGAGAUAACCUGAAGGAACCUCUUUUCUGCAAAGCCAGAUCCCUGAUUAUUGCCUGUGAUGAGAAGACCAACUGUAAUAAGAGAAGGAGAACUGAUCCAACGCCUGCUUUCUUUGUGAGAUCCUGUUCUUGUGACCAGCAACAAGAAGUACAACCUGAGGUACUUAACCAUAGCCUUGAUGAAGAGUUGGAUCUUGAGCUAAGGCUUGGAGGUGCCCCCAAGUAG